GAGCAGAGACGAUCUUUGGUUGAGCUAGCCGGCUAACUGUUAGCUGAGAGAGACGCCAUUAGUUGGGUGAAAAUCAGGCUUUGGCCACAGGGUGAAACGGGAUUUGUCUCUGGGUUUGGACCCGCUUCCCUCCCAGCUGCGAGUAGAUUCUGGUAGAAGUCAGGUCCGUGUGUGCUGUCGAGCUGUCCCUCUCAUGGUUUUAGCUCCUUUUUUGAAGUCGGAAGCCGAUGUGAGCUGCGCAGGACUUCAUUUCCGACUGGGUUAGCAUUAGCAGCGCUAGCCUUAAAACGCCCGUUUUGCGGAUAAAAGCGGAGGAUUUGUGCGAGUUUUAACUGCCAGCCAUGGCGGCGGCGAACAGCGGCAAGACCUAUUCGUUCAAGGUGGUGCUGCUCGGGGAGGGUUGUGUGGGGAAGACGUCGCUGGUGCUCAGAUACUGCGAGAACAAAUUCAACGACAAACACAUCACAACUCUACAGGCGUCCUUCCUCACAAAGAAGCUGAACAUCACAGGAAAAAGAGUAAACCUCGCCAUAUGGGACACAGCGGGUCAGGAGCGCUUCCACGCCUUAGGUCCCAUCUACUACAGAGACUCCAAUGGAGCCAUACUAGUGUACGACAUAACAGAUGAAGACUCCUUUCAGAAGGUGAAGAACUGGGUGAAAGAGUUGAGGAAAAUGUUGGGGAACGAGAUUUGUUUAUGUAUAGUAGGUAAUAAAAUAGAUUUGGACAAAGACAGACAUGUUUCAGUGGAAGAGGCUGAGAGUUACGCCGAGUCGGUGGGAGCCAAACACUACCACACAUCAGCCAAGCUAAAUAAAGGCAUCGAGGAGCUCUUCCUGGAUCUGUGUAAAAGGAUGAUGGAAACUGCUCAGGCUGAGGAGAGGUUGAAGGGCAACGGAGCCAGCCAAUCAGCAUCGAGUAGGCGGGGUGUACAGAUCGUUGAUGAUGAACCACAGGCCACGCCCGCUGGAGGCUGCUGCUCUUCUGGCUAACACACAAACACACACACACCUUCUCUCUGUGCUUGCAGACAUAAUAUCCACACACACAUUUUCCAGUGUCUGUCAGUCCGCUCUACUGUAAUCUGCUGUGUCCAUUCAGCGCCGCCUCUGCUGCUAAGGAGCAUGGGAAAUCAUAUUUAAAUUUGUUUAAUCUGUGUUCCCUCCAAAAUAAAAGUACCUGGAGUCCUUAUGAUUAAAAGGAGUGUGUGUUCAGUGAUUAAAUCACUUUCUUUAAUGAUAAUAACUCCCCAUGUUAGUUUGUCGUUGAUAAACGUCCAUCUGCAGCUGUUUGUGUGUUUGUACUAAACAUUAUUAAUAAAAGACAUGAAAUCAUUCUGAGGACAGAAAGUUGA